UGUGGACCGUUCCUCCGUUCCUCCCCAUCCAGGCGAGGUGAGAGCGGCGCAUAGCGCCAGACGGACCAGAGCGGGUUAGUGUGGAUACGCAGCGGAGCGCACGACUGAGGACUCUGUACAGCGCAACUCUCCACACAAAUGGAUAUUUACGUGGCUUUGUUAUCCCUCUUCUUUUUUACCAAACCAGCUUUGGCUUUCGGAUCAGAUCAAGACUACCAGAUUGAUAUCAUCAAUGAACUUGACCUGGCAAAUGCCACCUAUGGAAUUACCCAAGUGGCGGGGCUUCACAACAGCAGCAAAGCCUUCCUUUUUCGAGAUGUUGGGAGAGCAGUUCACGCCCCGGCACACAUCACAGAGAAAGUGGUGCAGCUGUUCAGGAGGAAAAGUGAGUUUACCUUCUUGGCCUCGAUCCAGCAGAAGUCCUCCACGUCUGGAGUCAUAUUCUCCAUCCACGAGUCAGAACACAGUUACUUUGAACUGGAGAGCAGCGGGGUGAGGGAGGAGAUCCGCUACCACUACCGCUUCAAAGGCAAGCCCCGCUCCGAGUCCUUCCCCUAUCGCCUCGCUGACGGCCAGUGGCACAAGAUCGCCCUCACCAUCAGCGCCACCCACCUGCUGCUGCACGUCGACUGUAACAGGAUUUAUGAGCGGGUGAUUGACCCUCCUCAGAUGGAGCUCACCCCAGGCAGUGGAGUGUGGCUAGGCCAGCACAGCCACAAGCAUGGACUGUUCAAGGGCAUUAUCCAGGAUGUGAAGUUGAUAUUCGCUCCCAACGGCUACAUUACACAGUGUCCUAACCUUAACCGCACCUGUCCGACCUGCAGCGAUUUCCUGAGCCUGGUGCAAGGCAUCAUGGACCUUCAGGAGCUACUGGCCAAGAUGACCCUGAAGUUGAACUAUGCAGAGUCCAGGCUGACCCAGCUGGAGGGCUGCCACUGCGAGCGGACGUGCAGUGCCAACGGCCUGGUCUACCGGGACAAGGAGCUGUGGGUUGAGCCCGAGAACUGCAGGAACUGUGCAUGUAAGAAUGGUGUGGUGGAGUGUCGCAGGAUUUUCUGUCCUCCAGCAAACUGCUCAGAGGACUCGCUGCCUGUACAUGUUGACGGGACUUGCUGCAAGAAAUGCAGACCGAAAUGUACCUACAUGGGCCAAACCUUUUCUGAAGGCCAGCGCUUUUUAUCCAGGAGCUGCAGGGAAUGCAAGAACGGCCUGAUGGUGAAAGUCACAGAAACUUGUCCAGAGCUCAACUGCACCGUCGGUGAACAGAUCUUACCAGAUGGCAGAUGCUGCAAUGUUUGCAGAGGUUAUGACUUCUGCGCAGAGGGACUCAUUUGUGGAGAAAACUCUGAGUGUAAAAACCGGAAUACUAAAGCCGAGUGUGAAUGCAAGAGUGGCUAUGCCUCCAUCCACGGGGAUUCGACUUACUGUGAAGAUAUUGAUGAGUGUGCGACCCAGAUGCAUUACUGCCAGUCCAACACGGUGUGUGUCAACCUGCCCGGAAGCCAUCGCUGUGACUGUCUGCCAGGCUUCCUCAGAGUGGACGAAUACUCCUGCACCGAGCAUGACGAGUGCGCCAGCGGCCACAAUUUGUGUGAUGAGAACUCCAUCUGUACCAACACUAUCAGAGGACACCUGUGUACCUGCAAGCCGGGCUACGUGGGCAAUGGCACCAUCUGCAGAGCUUUCUGUGAGGAGGGAUGCAGGAGCGGCGGGACCUGUGUGUCUCCAAACACAUGUGUCUGUCCCUCAGGAUUUACAGGACGCCACUGUGAGACAGAUAUUGACGAGUGUGCAGAGGGCCUGAUUGAGUGCCACAACCACUCCCGCUGUGUCAACUUGCCCGGCUGGUACCACUGUGAAUGCAGAAGUGGUUUCCAUGACAAUGGCUCCUACCUGCUAGAUGGGAGCUCCUGCAUUGACAACGAUGAGUGCAGUUUGCAGACACACACCUGCUGGAAUGACAGUGUGUGUGUGAACCUCCCGGGAGGCUACGACUGCGUGUGCACGUCUGGUCCGGGCUGCGGCGGCGACUGCCCACACGAAGAGGGAAUCAGACGCAACGGAGAGGACUGGAAACCCAGCUUUGACGGCUGUGCUAUAUGCUCCUGCAAGGAUGGCCAGACGUACUGCAGGAGGAGACCCUGUGACUGCGGAGACCCAAACGAGGAUCUGUUCUGCUGUCCCGGCUGUGACAACAGGCCCAGCAGCCAGUGUCUGGACCAGAGCGGACGCACACUCUACCGCAGCGGAGCGUCCUGGAUGUACGGCUGCCAGCAGUGCCGCUGCAUGGAGGGGGAGGUUGACUGCUGGCCCCUGGUGUGCCCCGUGUUGAUGUGCGAGUACACAGCGGUGGCGGUGGGCGAGUGUUGCCCGCGCUGCGUCACAGACCCCUGCCUGGCUGACAACCUGUCGUAUGACAUCAGGCAGACGUGUCAGGACCCCGCAGGCGCCGUCCGCCUCAACGGAGACACAUGGCAUAUGCCCAACUCACCAUGUACCACCUGCAAGUGUAAGAAUGGGAAUGUUUGCUGCUCGGUGGAUCUCGACUGCCUUCAGAACAACUAAAGCUCGUCUCCUCCAGUCCUCCUCCUCUUACUGCGGGACUGCCACACCCCCUCCUCCAUCCGAUGACUUUCCCUUUGGAUUCAUAAAACAGACUCACGCACACACAUGUGCAUGCCAGAGUGUGCACAGAAAAUACAAACAUGCACUGGACAGAUUGGGGUGUUGAGGCUGUGCUUUUAAUGCCGCAACUCGACCAACAGUGAGUGUGUGUGUGUG